AUGGUUCUGCUUGCGGUCCUUGUCCUCGGCACGCCUUUACUGGUAUCUGCACACUCGUUCUCUGCCGCACACUUUCGACGCCAAGAUGACCCUUCAAACUGCAUAUCCCCGGACCCGCAGAAUACCCUCACCGAUCGCAUGAAUGUCGCCCUCAACUCUUCCGGCGACGGAUAUGUUCUAUCGCUAUGCCAGAAUACAGACUACAUUAUCGAAGCGCCCAUCAACUUCGCGUUUCCGAAUCAGGAAAUCUCUACGGCCGGUUAUCCCACCGGGGCUGAGCGAGCGACAUUGAUCGUGAACGGGCCUGUUUUCAACGGUACUGGACAUACGACCGCGAUACAAGGGUCGUGCGAGACGUGCUCUGGCAUACGCAUCAGAAACAUUCAGAUCAAUGGAACGCGCGGGAAUGCGGGACCAACGGGUGGCGGCGCGAACAUUGAGAUUGGCGGCGACAACUCUGACCAGCUGGUUGAAUAUGUGCACUCCUACGAUCCACGGUCCUGGUCGUGUUUACAUAUCUUCGAGGGUACUCUGCAAUGCACGAGUGCUGUCAUACGCAAUAACGACAUAGGGCCGUGCGGGACGGAUACGUACAUGGAAUGGGCAGAUGGCAUAUCUGUCUCAUGUCGCAAUACGACGGUUACGAACAACACGAUUACUGGAGCUACGGAUGGCGGUGUCGUCUUGUUCGGUGCACCGGGCUCACUCGUCCAGAAUAACACUAUCCAAGCCCUGAAUAACACUCAGCUUGGCGGCGUAAACAUGGUUGAUGUCCAACCCUGGGGCGGAGACUACUCCGGUACCGUCGUCCAGGACAAUCUCAUCGUCGGCGGCCUUGCAGACGGGCCUAUCGACGGUGUGUCGGCGCGUACGGGUUCGAACGCGAACGGUGUCAUACUCAAGGUGGGCAUCGCCGUCGGCCCGCGAAGUUACUUCGUAGACGCCUUCGGCCAGAACGUGUCGGCAUCAGGGACAGUGCUCAACAACAACUUCACCGGUGCGUUCGGGUACGCCAUGGCGGUCACCAGUGCCCGCAAUUUUACCAUCCAAGGCAACAGCCUUUGGGGCAACACAACCUUUAUCAGCGAACCAAGUGAAAAUUGUACCGUUGGCCUUACAAUACCAACAUCCGCCUCCUUCGUCGUCGCCUCACAGAAUGUCACGGAUAGCUCCAUCCAGUCGGAUUUCAGCACCGUCGACAGAGCCGACGGGUUAACGUGUAUCGAAGCCCCUAGUAGCGGCGCACUCUGGCCGUACGACACCAUACCACCGGACACAGGCUCCGCAUCGUCUUCUCAGACGAGUCAACCGGCCGGUUCGGGCGGAGGUGGAGGUGGAGGCCUGUCGGGCGGGGCGAAGGCUGGUAUCGCAGUGGGAGUCAUCGUGGGCGUAUUCGUUAUCGCCGCUUCUACCUGGAUCAUACGUCGGAGGGCCCUACGGAGGGCUGCCACUUCUGGAACAUACUAA